GAUAUGAACUCUUCAAUGGCCAUUUCGGGGAUUGUCAAAACUUGGUGAAUUAUUUUGCCUUUUGAUGGCGUUUCGAACCUAAGAACAUUUUUCUUUUCACCCAUUUGAUUAAAACUGUAAUAAAAUUUGUGUCUACCAAUAAUAACAGUUGUUUUAUCUGGAGAGAUGUGUGAGAAAUAAGUAAAUCUCUGAUAGGAGGUCAAUACAGGGACUGUUUUGGUUUUGACAGCUCAAAUUAUGGAUGAUAUUUUUUCUAAAGUCCGGGAAGGAAGCGCCUUCCACGUCCGUGUGUGGUUAGACAACACGGAGAAUGAUCUAAAUCAAGGAGAUGACCACAGGUUUAGUUUACUUCACUGGGCAGCGAGGGAGGGCGGAACCAACAUUGUUGACAUGCUUAUCCAGAGAGGGGCUCGCAUUAAUGCCACAAACAUGGGUGACGACACCGCCCUGCAUCUGGCUGCCAGCCAUGGACACAGGGACAUAGUGCUUAUGUUAAUGCACAACAAAGCAAACAUCAAUGCCAUCAAUGAACAUGGGAACACCCCACUCCACUACGCCUGCUUUUGGAACCAAGAUCUAGUGGCUGAAGACCUCGUCAAUAACGGGGCACUUGUGGCAAUGGCUAACAAGUUUGAUGAAACACCACUGGAUAAGGCAAAACUUUACCUUUCUAAGAGAUUAACAGAACGAGCAGCAUCACUGGGUCAAGACCUUCAGAAGAUCCCGUUCAAGGAUCGCAGCUGGCUCGGGUACAAGACGAGGAGUCGUGAUGCCCUCCUCUCCCGACACACAGGCAUCAACAUUGAUCAGCUCCAGCUGAAUGGUCACAUGGCCACAACCCACUCGGGAGAGGUGUGGCGUGGCCUCUGGCAGGAGAACGAUAUUGUUGCUAAGGUGCUUAGUCUUCGAGAGUGUACUGUACGUAAUUCACGGGACUUUCAGGAGGAGUUUCCCAGACUCAGAAUUUUCAACCACCAAAACAUCCUGCCUGUACUGGCCUGUUGUAACCAGCCUCCCAAUCUUGUGGUCAUCUCACAGUUCAUGCCAUACGGAUCACUCUUCAACGUCCUACAUGGAGAAACUGGUAUAGUGGUAGACCAGAACCAGGCGUUGCGGUUUGCCAUCGACAUUGCCCGGGGCAUGGAGUUCCUGCACACCCUGGAGCCCAUGAUACCUAACUUUGUCCUCACCAGCAAACAUGUCAUGAUUGAUGAAGACCUGGCCAAAAUUAAUAUAGACGACCCCAAGUAUCGGUCACCUGAGGGUACAAUUAUCGGGAUUGAUGAGGACUUGACAGCCCGCAUCAACAUGGCUGAUUACAGCUUCUCCUUCCACGAGAAAGGCAAACUCUACUCCCCCGCUUGGAUGGCUCCGGAAGCCAUGCAGAAGAGGCCCGAUGAGAUCAAUGUGCGAGCUUCCGACAUGUGGAGUUUCGCUAUUCUGCUGUUCGAGCUGGAGACACGGGAGGUGCCCUUCGCCGACCUCACAUCCAUGGAGAUUGGCAUGAAAGUUGCGUUGGAAGGACUGCGUAUUACUAUCCCGCCCGGCAUUUCCACCCAUAUUCUCCGACUUCUCAAGAUCUGCAUGAACGAAGAUCCCGGAAAAAGGCCACGUUUCGAUAUGAUCAUACCAAUCCUUGAAAAGAUGAAACAUGCCAGCUAAACUCUCAACCUAGCUCCUUUGUGUUCCAAUUGUAGACCAUCAAUGCUUAAACUUCAGGUGGUUAUUUGCAGACAUGCAACUGUUUUCGUUUCAUUUUGUUUUUUAUAAUUUUUGAAAGAGUCAAAUUAUCAUUUUCUGAUGACUGAAAGUGUGUGUUAAUUCAAAAACUUUUAUUACCAAGAUAGCAAAGAAGAUAUAUUUGACAGAUUGUUGUUGAUAAGCAAUUGUGAAAACGAAAACUGAGAUAAAUCUGACAGUUCUUUCACUCAAACUUUGUCAUUGUAGAAUAGAAUAUUGAAGAGCUCAUUGCAAUAGCCGUACGUUUGUAUGGUGAAAUAGUUUGAUUUUUACUAGAAAAGUAGUUUUAGGUGAUACCUACUACACCAUUGGCAGUGUUCAUAUUUUAGUGGUUUUAAAUAACAAAACAGUAAAAUAUUCUUUAAAUACACCAAUACUUUAUAAUUGUAAAUACUGUAUUCUGUAAAACCAUCCCCCUUUUUUUAUAAAGUUAUCACAAGUGCCAUGAUAUAUAUUUACUCUUAUUUUGUGUACACAUUUGUUGUUAUAGGAGUGUAAAUUACGGUUGUCAUAUUACAACUUCUAAAAUAUGUAGUUGGUAUUCCAUAUUACUAUAGUAUGUUAUCAGAAGAUACUCUCCUAUUAAGAGUAAACUAGGCAUUCAGUCAUUAAAUUCAAUUAGUGGUUAUGCUUUUAUUUCCACCAAUGAGAUAGCUGUAAAGAUUCUGAUUUGAUAGUUAAGAAAUCUUCUGACGAAAGUUCCAUUUAGUCAUUAGUUUUGAUUUAUUAAGAUAUUUGUUCAUUGGGUCCGUUUUGUUCGUCAGCUAGUAAAGGGAUGGUUCGUGCAAACACUCGGACAGUUAUUGUUAACUUGUGCCUUGCUAAAUGGGCUGUACCCGUCUAAUGCCAGUCUAAUGAUUAAGUAAAACAAUAAAUAACAAUCACAUUACUAGUGCCUAAUUUCAACAGGUCGAGAGUUAUCAAAUGGUGUAGUAGUUUGACUGCGCACCCAAAUGAGCCAGGUGUUCAAGUCCUACAAGGGGCUAGGGCAUAUGUUCUUUGCCUCUCAAAAAGGCCCCAGUACUGGGUCUGCCCAGGAUAAAAUAAUAUAAGAUUUUGUUGUCUUGACAAUGAAGAUAGAAUUAAUUAGUAUAAACUAACUUUAAACUGACUCUCAAUGUAUUUUACUAAACUUAUGGUUAGUCAUAGUUCUGAAAGAUGAUCUGUUUUGUUACUCGUUAAGCUUAUAUGGUGCUGUUUUAUUUACUUCUGUAUAAGGUACAUUUAAACUUUUACUUGUGUUGAAAUGCUUUCUAUAGCCCAAAUACAUCAUGCUCUUUUGAUAUUGUAUUAACCUCUUUGUUUUCUGUAAACCUGGUACUCAUUCUUGUAAUCAAUAUUAUCAUGGGUUGAAAACUGCAUAAACUGAUAUUCAGUAUUAUUUAAACUCAAAACACGCCCAUUUUCUUUUCAUUAAACAUACUUAUGCAUGGGAUGCAUCUAUCUAGUUCAUAAUUGGAGAUGCAUUAAGCAUUUGAUGGAUCUAUCCAGUUCAUAUAAGGUGAUGUAUUAAGCUAUCUGUUGUGCAAUAAUGUGAAAUUUUGAUGCUGUAAGGGUUUAAUGUAUAGUCCAUAGAGGAAGAAUAUGUAGGUAGUAUACCAAUAACACUAAUGCAACCACACUGUUUUGACCUUGAUACAUUGAAAAUCUGUCACUUCACUUGAAAUAAAGAACAAAAAUACAAAGUGCCAUAACAUUACGUGUAAUGCUUUUUCGGCAAUUUAUUUUAUAUAUAUUUUUUCAUUUAAAAUGGGGCAAUGGGCAGCAACAUUUCACAUCAGGCACUGGGCAGCAGCAUUUCACAUGGGGCACUGGGCAGCAACAUUUUCACAUUAUUGCCAAUGGGUCACUGAAAUGAAAUGCUUAUUUCUACAAUGGUUACGUUUAUAUAUUUAAUUUAGUCCAUGUGUGUAAACAUGUUAACUAUGAACCAAUUAAUUAAAUAACUGGAUGUGUAGUUAUUUCAAUAAGAAUGUAUAGAUUUAUUCUAAUAAUUUGAAAAGACUUUCUAAAUCCCAGAGAGCAUUUGUUUUCAUUAGCAAUCGCACUAUGAUGUUGACAAAUCAGUGAUAAUUAAGGUAUAUUUGGUUGAAUCUCACCAUUUCAAAAUACCAGUGAUGAAUUAGGAUUUGUUCAUGUUUAAGAAAUGCCUUAUUGGUAUUGCUACUGAUGAAUUUACAUCAAACAUAUUUUCAUUAUAGAUGCCUUAUCUUUAGCUGUGAAUUAUUUCAAUAAACUUUUAUAAGCUAA